AUGCCCGGCUGUGGAGCUGGCAAAGCCAUCUCACAGCUGCAGCUCUACGCCGAAUCGUUAUCGGGUCGGCAUUCUUUUCAUAAGGAGUUGCCAAGGCUGCUAUUCCCGAUGUAUACCGUCUCUGUACCGACGCUUUUGGACAUGACCGAAAUUGAGCCGCACGAAGCCCUCAUGAGCCAAGGGGCCCUUGUGGAGUUUCAGCAGCAGCUCGGGAAGGCGGCCUUCGUUUCACACCAGUGGGUCGGCGUCGAUCAUCCGGACCCAGAAUGCCGACAGCUCAGAGUUUUGCAAGAUGCCUUCAAGUCGCUGCUGUCAGAAAGGGACUUCGUUCCCUUGGAAGUUUUUACAGAAAGCUUUGUACCCAGCGCUAAGCCCUUGGCGACAGAUCAAUUUCGUGAUCAGCCUCUCUUCAUUUGGUAUGAUUACUUUUCGUGCCCACAGCUGAAACAGUCGGGGCAACUGUCGUGGAGCUUGGGAAGUCGCCAUCAGCCUGACGAGCUUUCGAAGGCCAUUGACAGCAUUCCGGCCUACAUCGCAAGAACGUCCUUCUUUUUCGUGCUUUGCCCGGUUGUCGGCAGUGCCAGCCAGUCGUCGGUGUUCACCUUGCACACUUGGGCAGAGCGAGGUUGGUGCAGAGUCGAAAAGGCGUGUCGAGAGUUGUCCAUGGACGCAUCGUGGAUUGUGAUCCGAAGUGCCACGAAAAUGGAGCUCAUCGCAACGCCGGCGUCGUCUGCGAACUUUGGCGCCCCGGGCGAGGGUGCCUUCACAGUGCCAGAUGACCGGCUAAAGUUGGGCCCGGUGUUGUUAAAGGCACUUGAGCGCAGGCUUCUUCAGCACUUGCAACAACGGGACCUCAUCGCAUACCGAGUGCUUCUGAAUCUGCAGCCGGUUCAUUUGAGGGGAUUCCUGGUGGAGCCGGUGCAAGAUUUGGUUCCUGGAUUCGAAGCAUCGCGUUCGGAUCUUGACCCCACAGCCCUGUCGGUCGAAAAGUUCUUGUUCCAGAAUGGCUUCUCUGCUGCUGAUGACAAGGACAGUAGAGGCUGGUAUCCCUUGCACUAUGCCGCCCUGUCUGGAAAGGUGGAGUUGCUUCGAGGACUUCUGGCUUACCGAGCUGACCUCAAUCUUGUGACAAAGAAGGACCAAGUGGAAGCAGGGGUGCCGAUGUGGACUUCAGCGCUGUCGAUUUGCGUGAUGUUCAGGCACAAUCAGGCAGCCAGGCUCCUCGUGGACGCCAAG